CAAAAUGUGGCGCUAUACGCGUUGCCCUCAGGGUAUCCAGAGACGGUGACGGUUGACUACUACGUGUUGUUGUAAACGCGGCACCAUGGAAGUGAGGGGCAAUCCGGGCACCAUGAGGGGGCUUUUUUACACGCUUUGUGGCCUUCUUAUCAUUACCAAGUUUAGUUCUGCAGAGGAACGAGCCAACGGCAAAAAGGAGCAAGAAUGCCACAACUAUGCGGGAGGACAUGUCUACCCGGGGGAAGCUUUCCGUGUCCCUGUGUCAGAUCAUUCCCUGCACCUCAGCAAAGCUAAAAUUUCCAAACCAUCACCACACUGGGAAGGAACAGCUGUCAUCAACGGUGAAUUCAAAGAGCUGAAACUGACAGACUAUAAGGGAAAAUACCUUGUCUUCUUCUUCUACCCCCUGGACUUCACAUUUGUCUGCCCCACUGAGAUCAUUGCAUUCAGUGAUCGCGUCCACGAGUUUCAUGCCAUCAACGCGGAGGUGGUCGCCUGCUCCGUUGACUCGCAGUUCACGCACCUGGCCUGGAUCAACACGCCCAGGAAGCAGGGCGGACUGGGAACCAUGAAGAUCCCCCUGUUGUCUGACCUCACACACCAGAUCGCCAAGGACUACGGCGUGUUCCUUGAGGACCAGGGACACACACUGAGGGGUCUGUUCAUCAUCGACGAUAAGGGAACGCUGAGACAGAUCACCAUGAACGAUCUCCCUGUCGGACGCUCUGUGGACGAGACCCUACGAUUGGUCCAGGCCUUCCAGUACACAGACAAGCACGGAGAAGUUUGUCCUGCGGGAUGGAAACCAGGCAGUGACACGAUCAUUCCGGACCCCUCUGGAAAGCUCAAAUACUUUGAUAAACUCAAUUAGGCCAUUAGCGACCUAAAAUAAAAACCCUCUUGUAAGAUG